AGGCCCGCGCACGUCCGAGGCCCGCGCACGUCCAGGGCCCGCGCUUCUUGGAGGUCCACAGCCGCGCUCCUCCGCGCCGCCGCCGCCAUGGCGGAAGUUCACAGACGUCAGCAUGCUCGGGUUAAAGGAGAAGCCCCCACGAAAUCCUCCACACACAGAGAUGAGGCGGAGCUGGGGAUGGCGCCGGCCGAAACGCUGACGGUGUUCCUGAAGCUGCUGGCCGCCGGCUUCUACGGCGUGAGCUCUUUCCUCAUCGUGGUGGUCAACAAGAGCGUGCUCACCAACUACAGAUUUCCAUCCUCGCUGUGUGUUGGCCUUGGCCAGAUGGUGGCCACAGUAGCAGUUCUCUGGGUGGGAAAGGCCCUCAGAGUAGUCAAGUUUCCUGACUUUGACAGAAAUGUACCUCGAAAGACGUUUCCACUACCUCUACUAUAUUUUGGAAACCAAAUCACGGGACUGUUCAGCACAAAGAAACUGAACUUGCCAAUGUUUACAGUUCUGAGAAGGUUCUCCAUUCUGUUUACAAUGUUUGCUGAAGGAGUUCUGCUCAAGAAGACUUUUUCUUGGGGAAUCAAGAUGACUGUAUUUGCAAUGAUAAUUGGAGCCUUUGUAGCUGCCAGCUCUGACUUGGCAUUUGAUCUGGAAGGAUAUGUUUUCAUUCUGAUCAAUGAUGUCCUGACAGCAGCAAAUGGUGCAUAUGUGAAGCAAAAGUUAGACUCAAAAGAGCUGGGAAAAUAUGGUCUGCUUUAUUACAAUGCACUGUUCAUGAUUCUUCCCACUCUGGCCAUUGCAUAUUUCACAGGAGAUGCACAGAAGGCGAUGGAGUUUGAGGGCUGGGCGGACACCCUAUUUCUUCUGCAGUUCACCCUCUCCUGUGUGAUGGGGUUUAUCUUGAUGUAUGCCACGGUGCUCUGCACGCAGUAUAAUUCUGCGCUCACAACGACAAUAGUUGGCUGCAUUAAGAAUAUAUUAAUAACUUAUAUUGGAAUGGUCUUCGGUGGAGAUUAUAUUUUCACAUGGACAAAUUUCAUUGGCUUAAACAUCAGCAUUGCUGGAAGCCUGGUAUAUUCUUACAUCACUUUCACUGAAGAGCACCUGAGCAAACAGUCAGAGGCCAGUAACAAGCUAGACACUAAGGGGAAAGGCGCAGUGUGACCUGAGGAGGACUCCAGCCCCGAGUGACCCACAGACACCGAGGUCAAGACGUCUGAUCGUGGGGAAUGCAGCCUCUUUGCACUUCUACGACGCUACGAUUGAUUGCUGCCUUUGAAAUUUCUAUCAGAGAAGCUUAUAAUUAAGUCUAUGUUAAAUACGUUGUUUGAAUUAACUUAUAUCAGAUGGGAAAAUGAUCUGGGUUUUUAAUUUAUUUUUCUUCUCUUCUGACGGUGAAACAUCAGUGUUUUGAAAUAUUUGAUUCUGGAGUUUGCUGUCUAGGUGACCUGGGAGCUGCGUAUGUAAUGUGCUGCACAUAUAAUAUGCUACACGUGGCAGUGUCUGAACAUAUAUAAUGUGCUACACGUGGCAGUGUCUGAAUGCUGGCAGUUUCUGGAGACCGUUUAGACACAGCUGGAAUCUCAGUUCUUGAAUUUUUUAUGAUUGCAUUAUUUUCAAAAUAUCAUCACUACAUUUGUCACAGAGAACAACUUUGGCACUAAAAAAUACAUGAGGUUCUGGAGUAUAUUGUUUUCCUGAGAUUCUGUGAUGAGCAGAGUGCAGUUCUUGGAAAUGUCUUGUUCCUGUUUUGUUUAGGAGACAAGGAAGCCAUGAGGAAUUUGGCCAAGCAUCCAUUUGUUCAUUCAAGUAAAAGGUAUUGAGUACAUUGUGCUGAGGGCGCUAAGGGAGGCAGAGGUGUUAGGAGUGGUGAUUGGACGAGUUCACAUCUGUCCUCUGUUCAUCUGGAAGAUGCUGGGACUGUGUGGGAUAUUUCGACUGUUAGAAACCAUAGUGUGUGAGAUUAGAAGGACCUGUUUUGCCUGCCUCAUAGCCGUGACUGGAUCCCAUGAUGAGAGACUGAAGAGCUGUAUUCUAUAAGCCAGUCCAGCAGCAGUUCAGCUUGACCUUCUCUGAGAGGGGCAGAUAGCCAAGGUGGACACCAGCUGCCUCCCCAUACCCUCAUCCUUCCGGCUCAGCUGCUUCCUUUUCUACUCCUCAGCUCAGCAGGAUAAGGGCCGUGUCGCUGAACUGGCUGACGUGAGGGAAAAGUGACAUGGGCGUCUUUGUAUUGUCAGGGCUUGCUCUUUCUGUGGUGGCAAUAGGGUCCUCCCUCCUUCCGUGGUGCAAGCAUGGCUCCCUCCUGUGGGCAUACCCAUCUGUAUCCUCAGCACGUGGUGUGCCUAGUGAGUUUGCCAGGUUCUCAGGACCAGUUCUGCAUCCUGGCAGAGCAGCUGUGAGCAGACAUUGGUUGCCUGAACCACUCCAUGGAGGAGUCUUGGCCAGAGGUGGUUGGCUUAGCUGAGAGACGUCACUGACUGUGCGGGUAGUGUUUUACUCAGGCCAGUGAGCAGUUUGCUGGGGGUGGGGUACACACCUGAUUCUGCCUCCUUGGGUGGGAAACUUACUAGGUGCUGUAGGCCUAAACAGUUUGUAUUUUGGUGUCUCAAUGAGUACAAGAAGAAUCAGUUUUAUGUCUAUUUGAAUUUUAUCUGUAAGGUCCACCUUGCAUACAAGGUUUUUUAAAAAGCACACUUGCAUGUUUUCUAUAAUCUUGUAUCUGGAAUCUGUGGAAGGUUUCUGUCAGUAAAGCUGAGGCAGGGUCUCCACAGAGAGAGAGUAGUAAUAUCUCUCAUUUGGUUGGUUUGCAGGAGCACCUAGGCCAUGGGGCCUGGGUGCCUUUGCUUCCCCUCUUAAGAGCUCUUUGGUGACUGACGACUUAAUGAUCAGCACCAUGCUAAGAUUUGGAAACGAAUGAAUGACUCAUGGUCCUUACACUAAAGGAGUGUUCAUAUCGCUCUCUAGCCGAGACAAGCCACGCAGCUCUAAGAGAUCUGAGUAACCCAAGUCCUCCCUCACACUUGGUUUCUCCCACAAAUAUGCUAUAAUUGGUUUUUCCUUGCCUGAGGAAAAAUUACUCAGAAUGUGAGGGAAGGACUUCAAAAAUCCUGGUACCCAGGAGGCACUGCAGACAUUAUGGCGGCCAUCCUUGAUGAUGAACUGUGCCCCUUCAAUGCCAGCGUCCAGGCCAUGUACAUCCCAAAGAGCACAAGCCUGCGCCUCACCACCUCCAGAUGUGCAGGCAACAGUUCCUGUCUACAGUCUUUUUGAAAACACAACAUAAAAAAAAUACUUCAAAUAAUGUAUCACUAUGAUUCUACUUGCUUUUUAAAAAAAGAUGAAAAUUAUUUUCACGUUAUGAUGGCAAAUUUCAAAAGGGGGAAGCUGUUUUCUAUCUCAGAGGAAGGCAGUUCGGUUUCAGAAUGGUAUUCGGUGGAGACUUGCUCAGUGGUCCUAAGGAAGCUUGGCACGGCCACCUCCUCCCUCACCUCCCAGCUGAACACACUGGACUCCCUGCUUCCACCCCUGGCGCCAUCACUGCCUUCUGGUUGUGACUGUUGGAUUUCACUGUGGGACGAGGAGAUAAUCUACAGUGUUUUGUUUUGUUUUGUAAACUUUAUUUUGAAAAUACUUUUAAGAAGAAAUCUACUGGUUAGAUUUAUUGUUUCACAACAAUAUUUUUAGAGAUUAUUUUGUUCAUAAAUGUUUUCUUUUUCAUGAGAUGACUGACUUUUGCCUACAAGUGUUCACUUCUCACAAUAUUUUUUCAAUAUAGAUUCUAUUUACCAAUUUACUUAGUGUUUUUAAAAGGUACUGAGGAUUGAGGUAUGUAAAUCAGGAGACAUAAACAUGAAAAACUUAUGUCCCCAAAUAUUUUUCUAAUGAUGUCAAAUAAAUACUUUUUCUUGAAAA